UUUAGUUCAGUCGAAAUGCGUCCAUUGAUUGCAUUGUUGCUGUUGAUAGCAGCUCGGGGUUUCACCUUAUCAGUUGCAACACCUCGUUCCUAUGAAAACUAUUCCGUGUUUAGGGUUAGUGUUAGAACUAGUUCGCAACAACAUAUUAUCAAUCAACUCCUGGAGCAAUACGACAAUUAUAACUUAUGGCACCGAUCGGUAAACGAAGUCGAUAUUAUGGUGAGUCCUAAUGCCCGGGACCCAUUUCUAGCCAUAAUGCGAAAGGAAAAUAUUGAUGUCAAAUUAAUGAUUCAAAAUGUUCAAACACUUAUAGACGAGGAGAGAAAAGGGAUGAUCACAAUCAGUGGAUGAAACAACAUUGAUAUGGACGGACACAAGAAAAAGGCUUUUUUAUCCUUUUUGGUGUUGCUGAUCAAAAUAUAAAAAUCACAGAUAACUUUCAGAUAUCAAGCCAGAUUUUUGAAUAAUUAAUGUUACUUAAUCAUAUUAAUUGGAAAUUGUUUUUACAGACUGUUUUCAAUUCUAUAUCGAGUUUGAAGCACAAAACAAUCUAACUAUUGGUUCAAUAAAUUUUAUUAGUUUUAUA